UUAACUUUGGAUUUGUUCAAAGCUUUUAAGUUGUGUCUCUCUUUUGCAGGCAGGCACCGUGCCAGGUUCGCGGUGACGCUGUAUCUCGAGUUCAACGUAAAACAAAUGUAGAGAGGGUGCACUGCAGAGCUCUCUCCCUCUGCUCCAGCUCUAACUCUUGGUCCGAGUGCACAGGGCGGAAACAGCUCCACUCGCCGGCACAGCGGCACGGGAAGCCGUCUCCACUUUGAAAUGUGCCCCGGGAGGUUUGCACGGUCCCUCGGAGACUCCAGCGCCGCUGUGUCGCUGGUUGGAAUAUGAGCAGAGAGAGACAGAGUCCGGAGCUGCAAGCCGCCAUGCUCACACUCCGGGGCACCAGUGUGCAGUCCCUCCUGCUGGCCGGUUGGAUCUUCCUAUGCACAGGGGCUGAAUAUUCUGUAGACGAUGCAGAAGGAGAUCUACUCUUCUUGAUGGACAGUUCUGGAAGUAUCUUGCCGUAUGAGUUCACUGAAUUGAAAGAGUUUGUUGUUGAUUUACUGAAGCCAUUCACCAUAGGACCCAAUGAUGUGCAAGUCAGUUUUGUGCACAUUAGUGAUGACCCAGUGGUGGAGUUUCCUUUUAACAAAUACAUGUCGGACACUGCUCUCCAGUGGGCUCUUCUGAACAUGAAGCAGAAACUGGGUGAUACCAAUACUGGCAAAGCAAUGACCCAUGUCAAAGACACCAUGUUCACACAGAAAGCUGGUACCAGACCAGAUGUUCCGAAAGUCCUGGUAUGGCUAACAGAUGGGGCAUCAUCAGAUGAUAUAUCUGAGCCCAUCCAGCUCCUCAAGGACCUUGGAGUUACAAUUUUCAUUGUUAGCACGGGCAGGGGCAAUUACGUUGAACUGAAGGCAGCAGCUAGUGAACCAUCAGAAAGACACCUGUAUUAUGUGGAUCCGGAUGAUAUGUAUGUUAUUACUGAGGACCUGCGUAAUGAAAUUCUAGAGAUUAUCCAGGCUAAAAGACUGCGGGCAAUGGACAUCACGGCAAGCAGCUUUCGCUUGUUGUGGCCUAAGCUGCUGAGCAGUGACUCUGACUAUUAUUUGAUUGAGUACUCUCCACUUACUGAGCCUGAAAGGAAAUCCUGGAAAACUGUCACUGGAGAUGAAACGAGUGCUGUUCUGAGACAGCUACUUCCAGAGACCACAUAUGAAGUGAAGCUUACUCCCAUAAAUAACAACAACUAUAAGAAACCACUCAUGAUCAAGGUAACUACACUAGAAGAUGAGAGCAGUCCACAGAUAAUCCUAAUCUCUGAGUCACAUCCGAGGAGUUUUCGGGUCAGCUGGGCCCCAACUCCAUCUGGCGUUGCUGCCUAUGAAGUUCUGUAUGGGAUCCUGCCAGGGGGUGAACCCAGGUUACUCAACAUCGACAGCAGCCAGAAUACCACCAUCAUCAACAACUUGGAUCCCAACACCACGUACCUGGUGACUGUCUCAGCCGUGUACCAUUCUGGCAGGAAGAAAGCCUUAUCAGCCAAAGCCUGCACUCAGGACGUGAAUUUCAAAGUCGACAAUCUGAAGCUAACUGACAUUAGCCCCACUAGUGUCAUAGCCUCAUGGGACCCUGCCAGAGGAAGAGUACUUAACUAUAGAGUGCGAUGCACUCGUCAUCGCAGAAGCCCCUCUGUGAGAACCAUCCCAGCACAGGUGCAAAGUGUGCUCUUAACAGACCUUAUUCCUGGUGCUGACAACCGGAUUUGUGUGAAAGCAGUAUACAGAAAUGGCACAGGGCGAGGCUUGUGCAGGACAGUACACACACCACAGCGACAAGAUUCCUUAACUCUCGGGACAGAAUCUGCCAAAUCAUUCUGCACUCAAGAGGAUCAAUGCUGGUAAAAUGACAACUAAAUCUUUAAGACAAUAGAAGCCACAAAACAGAAGGAGGACUUGCCACGCCAGAAAUUAGCUGGGAUUAAUAAUAAACUUUCUGCAAUUUACUUGCAGAGUUGAAUGAUGCUCAAUCAGGGGAUGGUCACUUUGCAUCAAUGUUGUAUAAGCAAAUCAACUGUGUAAACUCCCAGUAAUUCAUUGUGCUGUGAUUCUAAGUUCUCAGCACACUCAAUCUUCCCCAUUUUACGUCUGCUCUUUCAGUCUCAGUGUUGGAGCUUGGUCAGAAUUUGAUUGAUUGUGAAACUGCCCGGAUCAUUUUCUGCUUAUUUUCCCAUUCUUAUAGGAGAGGGCUGAGAUCCAUGUAGUUGUGACACUCUUAAGAUUCCAUUUCAUUUUGAUGCAUCAAACUGCCAAAAUCUGGUUCACAGGCAAUCUUGCACUGCAUCUUUGGCACAAGUGCAACUGAAUUUUUUUUAUAUACCAUGUCUUCAGGACUAAUGCCACAGGUGUAUUAAAGGUCUGCUGCUGCAGGAUUUAUUCUGAGAAACAUCUCAAAAGGCAGUGUCACAGCCAUAGCAGUUCAACGCACUUCUACUUAUUUUUAAUAAUUUUUUUUUAAGUUGGCCUCCUGUACAACUAAACAACUUUUACAGUUUGAAAAGGGAUGACUGUUUGCUAGGUCCAAGGGCAAAAUAUGCUGUCCAGUGUAGGUACCAAGCCUUAUAGAAUGUCAUGCCUUUGAAUCCUAGUCUGCAGUGAGUUAGCUCAUCAUGGGCAAGCUGCAAGGCAAAUAAAUGUUAACCAGGAUUCUAUCUCUCAAUUACCAUCUCAGUGACUCCCAUUGGAAAGUGCUUAUGUGAAUGUGUGGUUAAGAACCAAUAACAUAUUCCAUGAAACAGACAAAAUGUAAGAUCUUAGAUUGUGCCAGAUAUGGGGCUAGAUUUUACUUUGACACUCAUUCAAGAAAGUGCAAAUUUACAUGAUUUUGUUUGUCAGAUCUGAAACAUUAACAUGAGAGUUCAGUACCUACCUAAUCUCUGUACAGCUCUGUAAAUUUAGCAGUUUACAUAUUUGGUUUCUACACAGUCAUUAAAUGUGUGUAAGCCAUUCCUGUAUCAGCUAAAAUGUGAAUUCAUUUGUACUGCAGAUAAAAUGAUUCCACAAGUAAUUACACUGCAGCUCAUACUUUGAAAGUGAUGUAUUCUCUUCCACUAACUUGACAUUUGCCAUAAAUGGGAUGGUUGGCCUCCUUGUGUACCUUAGUGAUUCUAGGUCUCUGCUAAAAUCGAAAGUACAUCAGGAAACAUAGUGAUGACCUCACCCAACAAUACAAUGGGUUUUGAUGCUUCAUUAGAAGGACAUUGUAUCUGUCAUGUUAAACAGAAAACAUGGAGAAACUAUAAAUGUGUUCUAUGCAUAUUGAAAAUUGUCAGAUGGGACCCCCAAGUCGAAUGCUUAGACUUAGGAUUCUUUUUGUGUGCAAUGAGACAGCUUGACUGUCGUGUCCCAGUAAUUUAUCUUAAUCCCUCUGUUUAUGGUUUAAAGUUUCAACAUUUUAUCGUUACUGACUAUUAAGUGACUAAUUUCCAAACUGAUUGAUUUUUUUUCCAGGAGUACAGAUUCAUUAUUUGCAAAAUAUAUUUUUAGCAAAAUACACCUAUUAGAGUAACGCUGUUAUCGUAGGGUGUGUUUUUUAAAUCAACCACAAAAGAAUCACAUUGAAAAGGCAUGUUUCAGUGACACCACUAUCAAUCUGUACAGUCUGUUGUUUAGUAGUCCUAAUGUCAAUGGAUAGUUAUACAGAGUUUAUGGUUAUUAAACCAUCUGUAUUCCAGGCAUAACAUUUCACUACUGGUGGUUAUGCAUCACUAGCAGUAAAUUUGCAUUUCUUUAAAUCCACCUUUUAAUAGGUCAGUACACGUUAACCAAAAUACCAGAAAAGUGAAUCAUUAAAAAAACAGACUAAGAAUAAGCAACACAAUUGCACAUUAAUGCAUAACUGUCUAGAAUGUGAUCGAAUACUGUUUAUUGUCUCCUGUGAAUGUGUGUUUCUUUUCUUAAGAAUAAUCUGCUUUGAACCACUGGUGAGAAGACAUUAUUUCCCAUCAUUACAAUGCAACAAAAUUUUAGACUUUUUUUUAAAAAUCAAAGUCAGAUUUUUAAAAAAGCCCAAAUUUGAUUUCAGGAUUCAAUUGAAAAUAAUUUAAAACUGUAGACAAAUCAACAUUUGUAAUAAUCUAAAGUGUAUAGGCCAGUUAUUGCAUUGAAAAUGCUGGUAACAAUCAAACAUAAUACUUUUAAGUAUUGGAAAUACAAUCUAAUCAAAGUGUAGACAUAUGUCUCGGCAUUUAAAAGAACUAAUGUCUCUUCGUGAUUUUCUUCUCCUGACUUUGGAAGGUAAUAGCUAAUCCUGUUUGUAAGCUGUAGGUUCAAUGAAUGUAUAUUGUGCAAGUUCCCUCAUUCAAUGCAUACUAUGUUGGAGCAAAAAACAAUCUCUGAAACAAAACCCUUUGCUCGUCUCAGUCAAUCCAACCCAAAUCUAAUAGGCUCUGACAGUUGAGUAAAAGUUGAAGUCAUUUUUGGUGCUGUCUCCAUUUAGAAACUAAAAUUUAGUUUUGCAUGUUAUCUCUUAAGCAAUUUAAGACAGGCUACUAAAAAUGGAGUAGAAUCACACCAAAGCCAUAACCCGUCUAAAAACACUAGGCCAAUUAGAAGACUUCUACUUGAUCUUGAUUGAGAGGCACAGUGGCUCAGUGGUCAGCACUGCUGCCUCACAGUGCCAUGAACUUGGGUUUGAUUCCACCCUCUGUGCAAACUCCACACAGACAGUUGCCCUUCUCCCUGUCUGCGUGGGUUUCCUCCGGGUGCUCCAGUUUCCUCCCACAGUCCCAAAGAUGUGCAAGUUGGAUGGAUUGGCUAUGCUAAAUUGCCCAUCGUGUUCAGGGAUGUGUAGAUUAGAUGGGAUAGUGGGAUAGGUCUAGGUGUGAUGCUCUGAGAUUCAGUGUGGACUUGUUGGGCUGAAGGGCCCUGUUUCCACACGACAGGGAUUCUAUGAUCAGUUAAGUCAGUACAGAACCAAACCUUGGAUUUUUUGGACGCUGGCUGAAUUACUCACUGAUUAAUAUAUUACUGAGACAAAACUGACCCCCCCGCCGCAGCAUAAUGGCAUAAAAUGGUGCUGCAAAUCUACAAAAUUACGUAUUAAAAAUUCAGCAAUGUCACAGUGAAAGAUCUUGAACAUUAAUUCAAGCCAUGAUGUUUACUAAAGAACGCCAUACUGUAAUUUAUCAAUGUUCCAUUUUGAGUUCAUUGCAUACCAAAUCACUAAAGUAGACACACAUUGACAGGUGAUGUUCUGGUAUAAGUUUUUAUUACCAAUAAUCUCGCAUUAGCAGUGUUGGCAUACCUCUAAUCUAUUGAAUCAAUGGGUAAUUCUGUCAGACUAACAGAGACUUCAAUUACUUUUAAUACACUAUUUUCUCCCUUUCAACAUUGAUAUUUACCCUGCCUGAUUUACUUCACAACAACUAUGAUUGAGGUAUUUUACCUAAAACACAAAACCUUUAAAUUUGAUAAUGUGCUGUCAGCAGCCAAAACAAGUUAGCCAAAUGCUCAGAGUUAGUAAGAACUGCUGCUGCUGGAGUCGGAGCUGGAGGAAGACAGCAGGCCAGGCGGCAUCAGAGGAGCAGGAAAACUAACAUUUCAGGUUAAGACCCUUCUUCAGAAAUGGGGCUCCACACUGUGUCAUCUCUUAUUUAUAACUGAAUGUUUGCCUUCCAACCUCUGCUUCGUGUCCUGUACAGGUUCCCAAAAGUUUUCCUCCUCCUUCUAGUCUCUGACAUCCUUUUACAUUUUCUCCUUCUAUUCAGUGUCACCCCAUCUAUCUUCUGGUCUUAAUGACCAUUUGAAAAUUAUCACCAUCUUUUCUUUUUGCAGUGGCAUUUCUUUAUCUUGUAAAUUUUUGGUCCCUAGCUUCCAACACCCCUCUCCCUCCCUCCCCGUGCUAUCUCAGACAGGUAAAAGGCAGAGAUCCUGUUCCCUCAAGUCAGCAGCACCAUUGGACACCUCUACAUAUAUAUCAACUUGCGUCUGAGCUGCUACUGUAAAAUUUGACUGCUGAUAAAAUUUAGAGGGCAAAGUGCGAACAGCUCAAACUUUGAUACAUUAUUGAAAAUCAGAACACUGACUCAAAUAUAUUCUGUGCAGCUCAGCCUUCUAGUGACAAUACAUUAUGACAACCCUAUAUUGUAACAUCAAAGCAGUUGCUCAGUUGCUUUACAAAAUUAAUAUCAUUGAAGACUUAGUUACUGCAGCAUUAAAAUUUCAAUUUGUAAUGAGUUUCAUCAUGAAUCAAACUGCAAUUAAUCUUUGAUGAUAAAGAAGGGGCAGGAGGCAAUUUUUUUCCUUUUUGUAUAACUAACUCAAAGGCAAGAUUGAUUCUGUCCUUUCUGGGUGAGUGGCCAUGCCUUGCAUGCAUGUGUUCCCUUUCCUAUUAUUUUAGUAAAUCUGACACAAACUAUAGCAAGGAAAAUGCCCCCAGUAACACCAUGUACUAAUCACACAAUAGCUCAUUUCUUUUAUUCAGAAAAAUCACUUGUUUCUCCCUUAUCUCACACUCUACCAUUAAAAUAUAUUACACACUGUCCCUCCAUUACGUCCACAUACUGCCCCAUAUCAAUUAGAUCACAGAAUAUUUAAGGAUGCAAAAACAUUGAUAUCAUUAAUGUGAGACAAAUUACAUUUCUCCAAUAAAUCCACACAGCCAAAUAUAAUGUAGUCAGAACUGUGCCCCCACCCAUUCCAUUUCAUAACACUCUGCCCCCAACAAUACACACACUUGAUAAAUUAUCAGCAGUCUUGUCACUGAGCACUUCUCAAUAAAUAAUAUUACUGACCUCACACCUAUGAUACUGACAUAGAUGUUCCUAAUAGUACAACUUAGCCUGUGAUUCAACAUUUUACAUCAUUGUGGAACAGCAAAUGAGUAAAGCUAACAGAAGGCUGAGUUGUUGGCAAAUCAAGAGAGGGCAAAAAGACUCAAAAACUUCCGGACCCAUCAAAAGUUCCAUUAACUUCUUUAUUUUAGCUUAGCCAGCGAGAGGUCCGGAGUCAACACCAGAGUAACAGUCACGUUCUCACUUGGUGGUCUCUCUUCGGACCUCUGUGUAUAGCAUAAAAGCAGUACAGUUUACAGCCCUUGUUAUCACAUCCCAUACUGUUCACGUGCGUCAUAAGCAGAUUAUCAGUGCAGUUAACAAUGUUCCAUUGAAUAGUGAAAGCAGCCCCAGCCGUAGGAAGAACAGCUGCAACCUUCAGCUUGUUACAAACACAGGCACAAAUUCCAAAAUUUAUGGUACAUCGUUAUUUCAGCAAAAUUUCUAUCUAUUGCUUCCCCAGUAUAUUAUCAUUUGAAGGAAGUCAUGCUGAUGCACUGCUCCAGCCAAAUUAUAUUUAAUUACAGAGACAUUAGGGUGAUGCUUAAACCCUGGAAGUGGUGCAAAACAAAAUCAAAACAACCAACCUAAUUAAUGCUAACAUCACGUUGUCAGUGAUAAAUACACUGUCCUCUAUCAAAACGAUGACGAGAGCGGUGGAGCUUCUCGUGAAAAGGAAGAAGGUAGCUUACAUAAGGUGGAGGAAGCUAGGGUCAAGCUCAGCUCUAGAGGAUUACAGGCAGGCAAGGAAAGAGCUCAAAAAUGGUCUGAGAGCCAGGAGGGGGCACGAGAAAGGCUUGGCAGAACGAAUUAGGGAAAACACCAAGGCAUUUUACACUUACGUGAGGAAUAACAGAAUGGUCAAAGAAAGAGUAGGGCCGAUCAGGGAUAGCAUAGGGAACUUGUGUGUGGAGUCUGAGGAGGUAGAGGAAGCCCUUAAUGAGUUUUUUGCUUCUGCCUUUACGAAAGAAAAGAACUUUGUAGUGAAUGAAACCUUUGAAGAGCAGGUGUGCAUGCUGGAAUGGAUAGAGAUAGAGGAAGCUGAUGUGCUGAAAAUUUUGUCAAACAUUAAGAUUGACAAGUCGCCAGGCCUGGACCAGAUUUGUCCUCGGCUGCUUUGGGAAGCAAGAAAUGCAAUUGCUUCGCCACUUGCGAGGUCUUUGCAUCCUCACUCUCCACUGGAGUCGUACCUGAGGACUGGAGGGAGGCAAAUGUAAUUCCUCUCUUCAAGAGAGGAAAUAGGGAAAUCCCCGGCAAUUACAAACCAGUAAGUCUCAUGUCUGUCAUCUGCAAGGUGUUAGAAUGGAUUCUGAGGGAUAGGAUUUAUGACCAUCUGGAAGAGCAUGGCUUGAUUAAAUGCAGUCAACACGGCUUUGUGAGGGGCAGGUCAUGCCUCACUAACCUUAUCGAGUUCUUUGAGGAUGUGACUAGAAAAGUUGAUGAGGGUCGAGCUGUGUAUGUGGUGUAUAUGGACUUCAAUAAGGCAUUUGAUAAGGUUCCCCAUGGUAGGCUCAUUCAGAAGGUCAGGAGGAAUGGGAUACAGGGGAACUUAGCUGUCUGGAUACAGAAUUGGCUGGCCAACAGAAGGCAGGGAGUGGUAGUAGAAGGAAAAUAUUCUGCCUGGAAGUCAGUGGUGAGUGGUGUUCCACAGGGCCCUGUCCUUGGGCGUCUACUAUUUGUAAUUUUUAUUAAGGACUUAGAUAAGGGGCUUGAAGGAUGGGUCAGCAAGUUUGCAGACGACAAAAGUUGGAGGUGUCGUUGACAGGGCUGUUGUAGGCCGCAGCGGGACAUUGACAGGAUGCAGAGAUGGGCUGAGAGGUGGCAGAUGGAGUUCAACCUGGAUAAACGCAAGGUGAUGCAUUUUGGAAGGUCGAAUUUGAAAGCUGAGUACAGGAUUAAGGAUAGGAUUCUUGGCAGUGUGGAGGAACAGUGGGAUCUUGGUGUGCAGAUACAUAGAUCCCUUAAAAUGGCCACCCAAGUGGACAGGGUUGUUAAGAAAGCAUAUGGUGUUUUGGUUUUCUUUAGCAGGGGGAUUGAGUUUAAGAGUCGUGAGAUCUUGUUGCAGCUCUAUAAAACUUUGGUUAGACCGCACUUGGAAUACUGCGUCCAGUUCUGGUCACCCUAUUAUAGGAAAGAUGUGUAUGCUUUGGAGAGGGUUCAGAGGAGGUUUACCAGGAUGCUGCCUGGACUGGAGGGCUUAUCUUAUGAAGAGCGGUUGACUGAGUUCGGACUUUUUUCAUUGGAGAAAAGGAGGAGGAGAGGGGACCUAAUUGAGGUAUACAAGAUAAUGAGAGGCAUAGAUAGAGUUGAUAGCCAGAGACUAUUUCCCAGGGCAGAAAUGGCUAACACGAGGGGUCAUAGUUUUAAGCUGGUUGGAGGAAAGUAUAGAGGGGAUGUCAGAGGCGGGUUCUUUACACAGAGAGUUGUGAGAGCAUGGAAUGCGUUGCCAGCAGCAGUUGUGGAAGCAAGGUCAUUGGGGUCAUUUAAGAGACCGCUGGCCAUGCAUAUGGUCACAGAAAUUUGAGGGUGCAUACAUGAGGAUCAAUGGUCGGCACAACAUGCUGAAGGGCCUGUUCUGUGCUGUGCUGUUCUAUGUUCUAAAAAUGAGCAACCAAUAGCACCCUCCAUAAACUUAUAAACCCUCGGAACCAGUCAACAACAGACUAUUCCCCACAAUUAACAAGCAGCCUUUCUUCCCUUCCAUCAAUGAUAGACCUUCUCUCUCCAUCCAACAACAAAAAACCCUCUGUCCCUUAUCAUCAGAAAGGCACCCAGCCCCCAUUGCCAAUUAAUAAAUGACCCCAUCAAUAACAACCAAACCAAUGACAAACGCAUCAAUAAAUGCACAGACCCCUACCAGCAAACUACUGACUCCCACUAAUGGAAAAUACAGACAACAAUAAAUUCACCAAUUUCUUUACAAUCUUGAUACUUUGAUCUCUAACAACUUUAACUGCACACCAGACCUAAACCAUGGCAUGCAAAAUUAAUAUUACUGUUACAGAUCAGAACCAUAUUUAAAACCAAAAAUGUUUAUGUUGUCACAGUUAUAUUAAAUGAAACCAUCUUGAUUUUGAUUAAGCAGUUUAAUUACUUCAGCCAACAGGUACAAAAGGGAUGAUUUUGCCUAACUAAGCUAAUUUACUCCUAAGAUGAUAAUGACAUCCCAAACGGUUGUAGAAAGCUCUAUGUUGAGCAGCAGGUGGACCUCACCAAAAUUGUUAAAGGGUGAAGUUGAAAAAUAUGUCACUGAAUAAGCAGACAUGCUGCUUCGCGUAUGUAAUCACUGCAUUGCUGGAAUCAAUAAAA